UGACCUGAGAAUACAGGCGCGUAUUUCAUAAUCCAUCUUGCGCAUUUGACGCGGUGGAGACCUGCUGCUGCUGUGAAACGGUACCUCUCGCUUGGACCUUUGGCACGGAUAUGAAUUUGUUUUUACUGUUUUCUCUUUACUAUUUUUACGCGAUCAACUAAAUGAGACAUGUCCGCUCAGGGGCUCUUAAGCAGUGUUUUUUCAUGCUCACUAAGCCCCAAAAGUAUUUCCAAGCGGAGACUGAGGCAGACCAGGAGUUUGGAGUCGGCGUUGAUGCGGCACUAUGGCACCGAAGCUGAGGAGACACCGUAUAAGGGUGAAUUCACCUGGAACAGCACAUUAGGACGGAACGUUUGCCUGAAGCCCGUCCCUCUGCAGAGCCUCUCAGAGCUGGAGAGGGUUCGUCUGCAGAAUGUUGCCUUCAGGCGACUGCUUCAGUGUCAUGACCUGGGCUGCCACAUCACCAUCCCUAAAUAUGGCCAUAAGUACAAGAAGUCUCUUAGGAAGAAGUUUGAUUCAUUAUCAAAAGAGAAGAGUAAAGACAAAGAGACCACACCACAGGCGUUUGGCAUACCGCUGUCACAUGUCAUAUCCAACGACCGCAUACACAAGCUGAGGCACGAUCACCUGCGGGAGGAACACAGCAACCCUACUGAAUUGAUGCUAUCCUUCCUUCACCUGUCCUCUAGCUUCAAAAAAGCUAACAAAGAGCUCUCCAGCAGCAACUCUUCCCUGAGCUCCACCUCUGAGACCCCUAAUGAAUCUAGUCUGCCCAGCACAACAGACAUUGCCCCACGGACAUGCAGGAGGGGCGGAGUGUCUGUGGACUGCAUCACUGACCUUGAUGAUAACCAGUCUCGGCUAUUGGAGGCCCUUCAGCUGUCUCUGCCAGACGAGGCAGCUGGUAACAGGGAGAAGCACCACGACAAAAAGCUCAGCCUUAACCCCAUUUACAGACAAGUUCCUAGGAUAGUAGAUCUCUGCUGUGAGCACCUGGAAAAAUAUGGCUUGCAGACGGUUGGAAUUUUCCGUGUUGGGAGUUCCAAGAAGAGAGUACGACAGCUUCGUGAGGAGUUUGAUCAGGGAUGGGAGGUACACAUGGAUGAGGAACACAGUGUCCAUGAUGUAGCUGCUUUGAUAAAGGAGUUCCUCAGAGACAUGCCUGACCCACUGCUGACAAGAGAACUCUACACAGCCUUCAUCAACACAAUCUUGCUGGAAUAUUCAGACCAGCAGAGUGCCAUCCAGCUCCUGAUAUUUUUGCUUCCUCCUUGUAACAGCGACACACUGCAGCGCCUCCUCUGCUUAUUGUCCACUGUGUCCACACAUGCUGAAGACAGCCUGGACAGUGAGGGACAGGAGAUUACAGGAAACAAGAUGACAUCACUCAAUUUAGCCACCAUCUUUGGACCCAACCUCUUACACAAGCAGAAGAACUCAGACAAAGAGUUUGCAGUCCAAAGUUUUGCCCGUGCAGAGGAAAGUGUAGCUAUAAUCAGCGUGGUUCAAAAGAUGAUCGAUACAUAUGACACGCUAUUCAUGGUUUCCGCAGAACUGCAGAAUGAGGUGCUAAUGAGUUUGCUUGAAACUGAUCCUGAUGUUGUGGAUUAUUUGCUACGGAGGAAGGCUUCUCAGAGCAUGGAGCCGGGCCUUCUUAGACCAGAGGAGUCUUUCUCCCUGUCAGAGAGAUGCUUAUCCAAGGACUCCCUCAAAGCAUCAAGUGGAGAGGUGUCUCCUUAUGACAAUAACUCCCCUGUGAUGUCAGACCAUCUGCUGUGUAAAUACCCAAAGGACGAUAGUUUAAUCUCAGAUGGGGUCUCCAGACUUUCCAGGCAAUACGUAUUCAGUGACAAUUCAAAAGAUCGAUCUGGCAGCACUUCCCCUAGUCCUUCUACUGACAAAGAGGCCUCAGCUGAUUGUUUCUGGGACACCUGGCAUGAAUUGUUUGGAAAGGAUUUUAUUGGCCAUCACAUAACUGGCUCUCUUGGAGACACAUCAGAAUGUGACUCGUAUGGAUCAUCAGAGGGGCUGAGCAGUCACCAAGGCAACAACAAGCUGCCUGUCAGGCCAUCACAAACACCGUUGGGUGUUUUGGAAUGCAGGCCACACCUCCCAGUGACUCGCAGCAGCAGUGGUCCUCAUGACCAGAGAGAGCAGAGGAGACAGCCAGACUCUUCAUUACAUCAGUCACUGAGCAGCCAAUCAAAAUCCAUUAGCUCAGACUGCUCAGCACAAAGGACAGGAUGCCUUGCAUAUCCAUUACCUGCAGACAGGACAGACAAGUUGUCUCCCCUUCGGUGUUCUGGACCUUUAGGAGAAACUUCUGUCUCUCACACCACACCAUCAGUUUUCCCACAUCAGCCUGACCAUCAACCCUUAAAACUGCCUCAGCAAAGCCCUGCCCUCCAGACUGUAGAUAAAACAGGUGCUUCAAGGCCUGGUGGGGAAAAAGACUCUGAUACCUCGAACUGGCAGACAGAGAGGUGGCAUGUAUGGCAGAUGGUGUCAAAUGAAAACCCUGAAGCCCUGUCUGAAACCUUAGUGUGAUGCAUCCUGCACUAAUAAACUGAACUGUGGAUGUGGAUGGGGACCUGAUUUCUGCAACAUCAUCACACGAUUAUCGUCUUGUCUAUUUGAUAUGUUGUGGAAAAUUAACAACACUUAAUAUGCCGGGGUGCUCAAUUAUUUUUUUAUCUGAAGAAUGAUUUUUCCUGUUUAUUUUACUAUCUUGUAAUAUAAUUAAAUAAUGAAAGCUUAUUUGCCACACCAUCAUCAAAAACUUAUAUUUAGACUUGAAUGUCAGACUUGGACUUGAAUGUUUUUUCUGAAUGUAAAAAUACAAAUUUUCUUUAUUUUGUGAUAUAGCUUUAAAGUAUCAUGAUGUAUAUAUUUUAGUUAAAUGAGGACUGAAAUGCUGCAAUCUGAUGGAAAUGCUGCAGUCUGUGUUAUCGUCCAUGAUUUAUUUUUUCCCAGGCAACUGAAACUGGAGUGCAUGUUUUUUUUUUUUUGUUUUUUUUUUUUGUUUUUUAAAUGAGUCAUUUCAUAAAGUAAAUUGUCACAUUUCAACACUUAUUUUCCAUUUGCUGCCACCCAGGAAUCAUUCUCACAAUUUACAGUUAUUCAUUCUUCUUGUUGAUGCAAUGCAAUAAACUAAUUUUUUAAAUAUUAUAUCUUGUUUUUUCUACUAAUCUCAGCCUUUCUUGUUUCAUCCAGUUGUUUUCCUCUUUUUAGCAAACAAGCAGCAACUGUGAGCUUCUUUGCAGCUUAAUGACAGCUGGCCAUUGCAUCAUGAUAUUAUGGCCAGUUUGCUGCAAACAUAAGAAAACUGAAUAAUAAAAAUAGAAGUUAUGGCUUCUCUACAGUAAUGGCA